AUGAGCCAAGAACAGCUGAUCAAGAACCUUAAAGACUGCAAACUGGAUGGUGAUAAUGUUGCUCAUGAUCAAAUGACAAAAAGUACUUCAAACGAGAGAGCUGGCCUCGUGGGCCAUGCAAGCGCACGGGAUGUUGCUGCUAGCCAGAUGGAGUCCAUCGGUGUCCAGGUGGUGAAGCAGCAGCAGCAACAACAGCAGCAAAGUGAGUCGAUCUGCGGUGGGUCCCCCCAGCAACCAAUCGCCGGGCAGCAGAAAGGGGAGAUUACGAUUGGUGAAGCAUUGGAGGCUACGGCUCUGACUUCCGGCCACCUUCCGGUCGACUACAGUGAUGCCGCUGCUAUACAGGCGGCAGAGGUCCGGGCAACUGGACGUACCAACAUCGUCCCUGGCGGGGUUGCCGCUGCCGCCCAGUCGGCGGCUACCCGUAAUGCUCGUCUCCCGAGGGAUGAGGACAAGACCAAGCUAGGGGACAUUCUUACGGAUGCAAGUGCAAAGCUUCCUUCGGAUAAGCCGGUGACUCGUAAGGAUGCGGAAGGUGUGAUCGGGGCAGAACUAAGGAAUGAUCCGGACCUGUGCACCCGACCGGGAGGGGUUGCUGCCUCUAUUGCAGCUGCUGCUAGGCUUAAUCAGAGGAACUCUCAAGCAAACAAUAAUAACAGCAAGCUUAACUGA